AUGUCGGCUGCCGCGCCUCGGAACGGAGACGCCGAAGCGCUGGCCAGGGCAUUCGAUGAGGAUGAUGACGACCAGAAGCCUUCCCAGGCAGCUCAAGGCACUGCGAGCGAAGAGGAAGACGACGAAGAUGAAGACGACGCCGCUCCUCGAUCUCGUAGACACUUUGACGAAGAGGAGGACGACGAGGAAGACGACGAGGAAGACGACGAGGACGAAGAGGAGGAAGACGAGGAGGACGACAGUACGGGUAGAGAUGGGGGAGCCCGCAAAAGGAGGAAGCGAAGAGGUGGCAAUCGUUUCCUCGAUGUAGAAGCCGAGGUCGACGAGGAUGAAGAGGACCUGGAAGAGGAGGAAGAGGAGCUGGCCAAGGAAGAUGGGUUCAUUGAGCAAGAGUUGGCCGAAGAAACCGAGUCAGCUCGUCGGCGUGAUGCCGCUGACAAUCAGAGGUUGGAUCGCCUGCGUCGUGAACAGGAAGACAAGAGCGCCGAACAGCUCGCCUCUGAGCUCAACGAGCGUUACCGCCGAUCGGCACGCUACGCAGCCCAGUCUGACUAUGCCGAAGUCCCUCAACGACUCCUCAUGCCCUCCGUGGAUGAUCCGAAGCUUUGGUCGGUGAAGUGCAAGCUGCUGAGGGAGAGAGACAUUGUCAUGACUCUGUUCCGCAAGCAAGAAGCUCUGGGAGGGUCUCUCGGCUUCAUCUCCGCCUUCUGUAGAGACUCCGUUCCAGGAAGGAUCUACGUCGAGGCAAGGAGUGCUGGAGACGUCCUGGAGGCCUGUCUCGACAUUGUCGGAUGCUACGCCCGAUCGGAGCAAAAUCUCACAAUGGUUCCAAUUGGAGAGAUGGCUGAUCUGCUCAAGAUCACCAAGCAGCAGUCCACCGUCAAGAUUGGUGGCUGGGUCAGGCUCAAGCGCGGCAAGCACGCCGGUGAUCUCGCCCAAGUCAUCGAUCAGGCAGAGAAUGGUGAAGACGUCGGCAUCAAAUUUGUGCCACGUAUUGAUAUGACACCGAGAGAAACUACGGAGACCUUCAUCGACAGGAACGGCAAGAAGAGGAAAAAGACUGCUGCUGCUGCUGGCAGAGCAUUUGGAGGCUCAGUACACCGCCCUCAGCAGCGCUUCUUCAACCCAGAAGAGGUUCGCAAGGUGUACCCCGGUGCCGACAGGCCUGUGAAGAGGGGUGACAGAGAGUGGGUGUUCCAGAAGGACACUUUCAAGGAUGGAUACUGUGAGCGCGAUGUCCGGAUCGAUCAUCUCACACUCGACGACGUCAAGCCCUCCCUCGACGAGAUUACCAAGUUUGCGGGCAACGCUUCCGCUACAUCUGCGAUCAAGAAGGACGAGGACGGUAGCGGGACGCUAUCCUUGGACUCGGCACAUCCAGUCGAUUUGCAGAUGCUGGCCGAUGCAGCGAAAGAGUCGUCGACCACGACGCUGGAAAGGGACGACGCGGUAGAAGUCUUCGAGGGAGACCUCACUGGGGUUGAAGGUACCGUUCAGAAGAUCAGCGGCAAUGUGGUCACCAUCCUGUUCAGCAAAGCUGACAUGAAUCUGGUGAAUCAGACUGCUGAAGUGUCUUCAUCUUCUGUGCGCAAACGCUUCCGCCCUGGAGACCACGUCAAGGUUACCACCGGCAAGCACCGUGAUGAGACCGGUUUGGUAGUCAAGACCGAGGACAACUUCACAACGUUCCUCUCCGAUCUCACCAUGUCCGAAGUCACCGUCUUCUCCAAGGACCUUCGUCAGGCCACUGAGGUUGGCUCAGGUGUCAAUGACAUUGCUGGAUACGAGCUCCACAAUCUGGUACAGCUCGAUGCUCAGACUGCCGGAGUCAUCUUCAAGAUUGAGAGGGAGAGUUUCAGAGUACUCGACCAACUGGGCAAUGUCCUGACAGUGCGUCCACAUCAAAUUUCGAUGAAGAGGGACACUGUUCGAGCCGUCGCCCUCGACAACGAAGGCAGUGAGUUCCGAGCCGGAGACAAGAUGAAGGAGGUCGAAGGGGAGCAUCGAGAGGGGCAGGUCCUCCACAUCUACCAGUCUGUUCUGGUAUUCAUGCACAACCGUGAUGUGGCAGACAAUGGCGGUGUCUUUAUCUCGCGAGCCCGCCAACUCGUACCCGUCGCUCCGAAGAGCACUGCUUUCCUCGGCAACGGAGCGUCCAAAGGCUCGACUGAUCUGUCAAAGCAGAAUCCGCAAUUGACGGCUGGACUGGAUGCUGCUCAACUCACCGGCGGAGGAGGAGCUGCAUCGAGUAUGAGAAAGACAGGCCGGGAUCCCCUGCAGGGGAAGACUGUUUCCAUUGUAAAGGGGCCAUACAAGACGUAUCGCGGUAUCAUCAAGGACACGAAUGGAAUGAUGGCCAGAGUCGAGCUUCACACGAUGUCCAAGAUUCUGACUAUUGACAUCAAGUCUCUCAUUGAAAGGGAUCCUCUGACAGGAAAAGCCAAGCCACUUAUGGGAGCUGGAGCUGGUGCUGGAUUUGGUGGUGAUAGGGCACCACAGACUGCCAAUCCGUAUGCUUCUGGUCCAAUGAGGGCUGCCAAUCCCUACGCUACCCCAUAUGCGGGUAUGGGUGCUGCUACACCCUAUGGAGCUUCUGGAGGCGGAAAGACACCAGCACACAAUCCUUACGAUGGCAGCAAGACCCCGGCGUACGGCGACGGCAGUCGGACCCCAGCGUACGGCGCUUUCGAUGGCGGCAAGACCCCUGCCUAUGGAGGAUUCGGAGGUGGUAAGACGCCCAAUCCCUAUGCAGCCAUGGAUGCUCCUACGCCCUCCGGUAGCAAAACCCCGGCCCACUAUGGCGGCUACGGAGGCAAAACUCCCAACCCGUACGCCAGCAAUGACGGGUCGAAGACGCCUCACUAUGCUGCGCCGCCGCCCCCUCGUCGAUAUGGGGAUAACAAUCCGUAUGCUUCUGCUCCCACGCCCUACGGAGGGUCGGCUCCAACACCAUAUGGAUCGGCUCCUACUCCUGGCGGUAGCGGGCAAGGCUACACCGGUGCUCCCACUCCUGGCAUGUAUGCAGGCAACCCUUAUGCUGCUCCAACACCCGCUGCUCAUCAAGCCGGACCUGGGGCACGAGCGUGGGGAGCUCCAACACCCGCAGGUAACGGUGCGUUGGCUGCUCCAACUCCAGGAGCUGGACCGGGCGCUCACUACGGUGCUACGCCCGGAGGCUUCAGCGCUCCUACGCCGUGGGGAGGUCACGGCAAUGGCGCUGUUGGAGCGCGCCCUAGUACCCAUCUGGAGGGAGCUGACAAGCCACUAGCUCGUACGCUUGUACGCAUUGCCAAGGACGGUGCCUCGAAUGCUUCCUUUGAAGGAGGCCGAUUGGAUCGAAGCGUGGGUACCAUUGUCUCCACCUCUGCCAACGGUGACACAGCCACGAUUCGUAUGGAUGCAGGCGAGGUGCUGCAGGAUGUGCCCAUGAGGUUCAUCGCACCACAACGACCGAAUGGGAGCGGCGAAGUCUGUCUCAUUACCAUGGGUGAGCAUCGAGGCAAGAAUGCAAAGGUGAUGAGUGUGGACGGCAAUGACUUCAUGGUGACACUGGACAGCAAAGAGAUGGUGGUGGUGCCUCCCGGCGCUCUGGCGAAGCGAGCCUGA